UGGCUUCGUUGACUGUCCCACUUUACUUACUAACCCCAUUCCACUCACUUCCCGAAUUUCAAACCACACCCAUCAAAGAUUUAAAACCUUGGGGAACAAAAGACCCUGAAACUUUGACUUCGAGCUUCACCCCACCAUGCCCGUCACUAACACCCAAAACCUCACUAAAAACGCCCCUUUCGAUGCACUCAGUGUACUACCCAUCUCGCCGUAUUUCCAUGAAGUCGAUGAACAUGACUCGAGAGCUCGAUCCUCGCAUUGCCUCAUAUCUGGCUAAGAAUCGUUACGACAAGAUCAGACAAAAGCAAGAUACUAACGAUUUUAUCUUCAAAUGGAGACAAUGGGCAGAAAGCAAAGACUACAAACCACCCAUCCCAUUCAAGGAGAUGCAGAAGAAGGGCCGAGAAAGAGAAGAUGGGACUGUGAUAGUCUUGGCUUGCACCGAUCCCCGCGUCACUCCUGAGGAAUUCUUGGGCAUGAGUACGGAUGAAGGGAAUAAAGCAACAGUAGUCCGCACAGCAGGUGGCCGCGUUCACGCAGCUAUGAGCACACUUCUGGUUCUCUCUGCAGUGGGUAAUCUGGGGAAGAAAGGAGUGAUCAUGGUGGUGCAUCACACGGAUUGUGGACUGCAGACUGCUAGUGAUGAUGAAAUUAGAAGUGUGCUUGGGGAGGGUGUUGGGAUGGAAGGAAAGGAGGUCUUGGAUGGGGCAGUAUUUGGCAGUUUUGUAACGCCGGAGGAAAGUGUGAAGGAGGAUGUGGAAAUCUUGAGGGCCAGUCCGUUCUUCAAAGGGAUGCAAAUAGUAGGUUUCGUGCAGGAUACGGAGACCGGGCUGUUGAGUGCGGUUGUCAAUCUGGAAUGAGCAGCCUUCAAAUUCUCAAGGAUAGAUUCAGAUGAGAGGAAUCCAAGCCCGUUAUCUAUGACCCUA